AGGCCGAGGGCAGCCACUGGCCGCUGUGGUCUCUGCUCGUCGGGCUGGCCACCAUCGUCUGGGGGCAGUGCGUGAUCGACUCCUGGAGGCGGCAGGAGCAGCGGCUGGCGAAGGAGUGGGGCACCUGCUGGUUCCACACGGGCCAGACCCCGCGCCCGACGUUCCGGGGCCGCCUGGCCCUCAGCAGGAUCGACGGCCGGCUCGAGCUGGUGCACCACAAUCACCGCUGGUACCAGGCCACGGUCGUGGGCUCCAACCUCAUGUUCCUCGGCCUGGGGCUCGUGCUCACAGGGGUGGUCCUGCUGUUCUCCUUCUGGCGGCUGGACGCCCCGACGUCGCCCUCCUCCUGGACCGGGAGGUGGCUCUUCUUCUCCUGGUGGAGCCUCGAGUCCCAGGUGGCGAAGGAGGAAUAUGCUUCCCUUGGAGCUGUUUACUCAGUAUUCACGGUGCUCUUGUACAACUUGUUCAAGACUGUGGCGCACCUGCUCACCGAGGCGGAGAACCACAAGUACGAGGAGCACUGGGAGGCGUCCGUGAUGGUGAAGAAGUGGAUGCUGACCGUCAUCGUGCAGUGCUGGGCAGUCGGUCGCCCGCCCACCGCGCGGGGGGCAAGGCAUUUCUUUCCACAGCGAGACGCCGUGGAUUGCGGGGUCUGA